AUGCGCACCCGUUGCACACUCGGCUUGGACCGAAAGCCGGGACACGACGAGAGCAGGACACGGGCGACCACAGAGGGAGUGCGGGCCGCCGCGUGCCUCGCUUGGGCGAGGAGACCGAGGCAGGACACGAUGGACCGCGGCAGGUGCGCCGCCACGCACUUCGCUCAGGGGCAGGAGAACCGCCCGGCAGGACACAAGGGAAGUCCCGCAGCGGGAGCGCCGUUGCGCGCUUCGCUCGGAGGAAGGGACCGGGGCAAGACACUGGGGGCCGCAGCAGGAGCACCGUUGCGUGCUUCGCUCGGGGCAAGAGAACUGGGGCAAGACGCGGGGGACCGCGGCGAGAGCGCCGCCGCGCAAUCUGCUCGAAGGAUGAGAACUGGGCAAGACUCAGGGACCGAAGCGGGAGCGCCGCCGCAGGCUUCGCUUGGGGGGAGAGAACCGGGGCACACGAAGACACGCGUGCCGCAUAGUCAGCACGAAUGGGGCGCUUGGUUGGCGGACAAGGGGGUGAAGCAAAAGCUCAUCAACUUGAUCAGCGAUGUCCUCCCGGAGCUGCUCAAAGACAAGCUUCAACCGGGGCAAACGUUCUGCAUUUCGGGGGGGUUCGACGGGCCUCCUUACCUGGACAACGCACGCACUCUAGAACGAUCCCUCAAUGGCGAGCUGGUUGACCAGGCCCUAAUCGUCACACUCUCCCCAACUUACCCCCCGAAUCCGACCUGGGUCGUUAUCUACUCCCCCGACUCUGACGUCACCAUGAUCGGGCUCCAAACCUUUCGCUUGUGGUCCGGCCCCCCUAGUGCCCCCUCGCAAACCGAACCCAGCACCCCAAAGCAGGCAUACGUGCAGAUUAAGAAGCCAGACACCACCCAAAACGUCCCAGACAUUGAAGACGUCAACAAAUUGGCAACUGAGUUUACUGGUUAUCCCGAGUUGCGACCAAUCCCUGAGGGUCGCAGACUGGAUUGCAUCGCCGCUUUGUUCGUGCUCACCGAGUGCGACAAGACCUCGUUCUUCGCGCAUCACAGCAAGGUCUCCUUCUUGGAGGCUCUCUGUAAGCAUGCGGAGUACAUCUGCGGGGAGGCUGGCCAGACACGUGCUGAUUGGUGUCUCCCCUCCGGCGCCAGUCCGGAAGCGGAGGGGUGGCGGGCUGAGCAGGAGCACACGCCAGUUGCUGCGGGCCGCCUGAGCGAGGUGGCACCUGCAGAGGGAGCGGAAAAGGGGGACCCGAACUACUUGGCACAGUUGGAGACGGCGGUGGAGGCGAUGCGGCUGCAAAUGUGGGCAAGUGUCCCAAACGAGGAUCGGCUUCUUCCCUCGUUCGGCGCUCAAAAAUUCCACCACGAGCGUGCAAUUUUUGAGUCCGCCCAGUUGGUCCAUGCUUGCGUUGGCAGAAUGAGCAGUCUCUCAAUAGAGCAGUACGGGUAUAGGAGAGAUGAGCAGGGGUCCCUCCAGUUCGACUACGAUUUUAACACCAAAAUGGUGAAAAUAAAAGCCCGGGUGAAAUCGAUUCUGAAGAAGCCAGGUUGUGGGUGCAAAGUGACCAAAUGUCAGGGGGGCCGCUGCGCAUGUGCCGAGGCCGGAAAGUUGUGCACACGACACUGCCGGUGCGUGGAAUGCAGUAACCGGGACUCAAUUGUGGGAACUAACCUUGAGAGCGCGGGGCUAGACGGGGAGGGCAGAACGGGAGCAAUGGGCAUCGUUAGAGGCGACACGCAGCCUGUUGAGGGGCCAGCGGCUUCCUUCCCCGGACUUGCAGGGGCAUCUGGGGAAGCGGAAAGCGAGAGCGAGGUCUCAUCUUCGAGUGGGAGUGAAGAAACAGGUGAAAGCAGCGGCAGUCUUGAGCAAGGGAUUACGCAGGAAGAUGCAUCUGACUGCGGCUCUGAGGAAGCGGUCCGCAGAUGGGUGGCAGGAAGCGCGCUAACCUGA